GGGAUCGCUGUCGCCCAUCGCGGUGUCGCCUGUCGCCUGUCGUGGCGGGGCCAUGCUCCGCGCGCUCCUGGCGCUCCUCCUGAUCGCCGCUGCCGGGGCUGCCCCCGGACCCUCGUGUCCCGUAACGGAACCGGAGGGAACCGGGACACGGACCCGCGUGGGGUCAGCCCCGAGGAGAGGGAAGCGUUUCGCCUCGGUGCCGCGGUACGUGGAGAUGUUGGUGGUGGCGGACGAGUCCAUGUCCCGGUUCCACGGCACCGGGCUCCGGCGGUACCUGCUGACGGUGCUGGCAGCGGCCGCUCGGUCCUUCCGCCACGGCAGCCUGGGCAACCCGGUGGAACUGCGGGUGACCCGGCUGGUGGUGCUGGGCCAGGACACCCCGGGACCCCCCAGCACCCCCAACGCCGCUCAGAUGCUCCGCAACUUCUGCCAGUGGCAGAGGGGGCUCAAUGUCCCCGACGAGGACAGUCCCCUGCACUUCGACACUGCCAUCCUCUUCACCCGGCAGGACCUGUGCGGGGCGGCCACUUGUGACACACUGGGCAUGGCUGACGUGGGCACGGUCUGUGACCCCGAGCGGAGCUGUGCCAUCGUGGAGGACGAUGGGCUCCAGGCAGCGCUGACGGCCGCCCACGAGCUGGGCCAUGUCUUCAAUAUGCUGCACGACACCUCCCAGGCCUGCCGGGACCUCAACAGCCCCUUGGGAGCUCCUCGACGCGUGAUGGCUCCGGUCCUCUCCCGGCUGGAGCCCGGUGAGAUGUGGUCACCGUGCAGCUCCCGCUUCAUCACCGAAUUCUUGGACAACGGCCACGGUCACUGCCUCCUGGACCAGCCCCGGGAGUGGCUGCAGUUGCCCUCGGCGCUGCCGGGCACCGUGUACCCUCUGGUGAGGCAGUGCCAUUUGGCUUUCGGGCCGGACUCCCGGCACUGCGGGGACCAGCAGCCGCCCUGUGCCGCGCUCUGGUGCACCGGACACGCCGGCGGCCGCCCCGUCUGCCAGACCAAGCACUUCCCCUGGGCCGACGGCACGCCAUGUGCACCGGGAAGGGUCUGCAUGGAGGGGCUCUGCGUCGGCAUCGCCCGCCUGCGGGAGCUCACCACACCGGUGGACGGCGGGUGGGGGCCGUGGGGGCCGUGGGGCAGCUGCUCAAGGACCUGUGGUGGUGGUGUCCGCCUCUCCCACCGCGCCUGCACCGCGCCAGUGCCGCGCCAUGGUGGAUGGUUCUGCCGAGGCAAGCGGACCCGGUUCCAGUCCUGCAACGUGGAGGAGUGUCCUGGCAGCUCCCCCCUCGCCUUCCGUGAGGAGCAGUGUGCUGCCUACAACCACCGCCUCGACCUCGCCAAGGGGCUCCCAGCACCCAUGGACUGGGUGCCACGCUACAGCGGGGUCCCCGAGCGGGACCAGUGCAAGCUGACCUGCCAGUCCCGAGCCCUGGGUCAUUACCUGGUGCUGCAGCCACGGGUGGCCGACGGGACCCCCUGCUCCCCCGAGGGCACGGGGGUGUGCGUGCAGGGCCGCUGCAUCCCCACCGGCUGCGACCGAACCAUCGGCUCCAAGAAGAAGUUCGACAAGUGCAUGACGUGCGGCGGUGACGGCUCUGGAUGCUCCAAAGUCUACGGCUCCUUCACCAAACCCCGCUACGGCUACAACGACGUCGUGACCAUCCCGGCGGGCGCCACGCACCUCCUGGUGCGGCAGAUCUCGGCGGCAGGGGACGAGGACCCCGUUUUCCUGGCACUGCGGCAGCCAGCCGGCGGCUCCCUGCUCAACGGGGGAUACGUCCUGGUGGCCUCCCCAGCCGAUGUGGCACUAGCUGGCGGUGUCACCCUGCGCUACAGCGGGGCCACGGCGGCCACCGAGACGCUGGUGGGCCCGGGGCCGCUGCGGGAGCCGCUGGUGCUGCAGGCGCUGGUGGUGAACGAGCGGCAGCAGCCACGGCUGAAGUACAGCUUCUUUGUGCCACGGAAACCCCCGACGGAGGCUUGGGAGAAGCAGAAAGCUGAGAUCCUGGAGAUCCUCAGGAACCGCCGGCGCAGCAAGUAGCGGCACAACCGCUGCCGGGGGUGAUCCCGGUGGCACCGUGGCACACCCGGUGACCUGGAUGGGAUGGCAUCGAGCAGAGCACAAGGUGAGCUCGUGCCACGAGUCCCGGUGCUGGUAACUGCGUCUACCUCAGCCCCUCCCGGGCAGGUCCCAGGGUUCCCCCCUCCCCAGCCC